CCAAAUUCCCCUCCCCGACCACCACCACUUAUCACCACCUCCAUCACCCCACCGCUCCAUUCAUACCACCACUUUCUCUAUCCCUCUGCCUCUGCCACUGCCACUGCCACUGAAGUGGUAUUUCACCGCUAAACCCCUUUUCACAGCAGAGAAUUUAAAUUUCCUCUUAUCAGUCGUGGUUUUUCCGGUGUAUGGAAUGACGGAAUAUCGUGUGCCAACCAUGAAUCUGUGGACCGACGAUAACGCUUCUAUGAUGGAGGCUUUUAUAAGCUCUGAUCUCUCUUCCUUUAGUUGGGGGCCAUCCUCCGCUGCUUCUACGUCUACUCCUGCGCCUGACCCCUCAAGGAAUCUCGCCCAAUCUCAGCCUUCCAUGGCCGUCUUCAACCAGGAGACCCUCCAGCAGCGACUUCAAGCCCUAAUUGAAGGCGCCCGAGAGAGCUGGACCUACGCAAUUUUUUGGCAGUCCAGCGUUGAUUUCUCGGGUGCCUCUUUGUUAGGAUGGGGUGACGGCUACUAUAAAGGUGAGGAAGAUAAAGGGAAGAGGAAGAUGACCCCGUCGUCUGUUUCCGAGCAGGAACACCGGAAGAAAGUGCUCCGGGAGCUGAAUUCGCUCAUUUCUGGGACGGUGUCGUCGUCGGACGACGCUGUCGAUGAGGAGGUCACCGACACCGAGUGGUUCUUCCUUGUAUCGAUGACUCAGUCGUUUGUGAACGGCGCUGGGUUGCCGGGUCAGGCGCUCUUCAACUCGAGUCCGGUGUGGGUUGUCGGAACCGAACGGCUCAUGAGUUCUCCUUGCGAGAGAGCCCGGCAGGCGCAGGUGUUCGGGUUACAGACUAUGGUUUGUAUACCAUCGGCUAACGGCGUCGUCGAACUGGGCUCCACCGAAUUGAUUUACCAGAGCUCAGAUCUGAUGAACAAGGUUAGAGUUUUGUUCAAUUUCAAUAACCUUGAAGUUGGUUCAUGGCCGAUCGGAGCCGCCGCUCCCGACCAGGGCGAGAGCGAUCCUUCGUCGCUCUGGAUCUCCGAUCCGACCUCUAAUGUCGAAAUCAAGGAUUCUGUGAAUACUACAGCUACUGGAGCUUCCAAUCCCAUUGGUAAUCAGCAGAAUUCCAAGUCAAUUCAAUUUGAGAACCCUAGCUCAAGUAGUUUAACUGAAAACCCUAGUAUUAUGCAUAAUCCUCAGCAGCAACAGCAGAUUCACACGCAGGGUUUUUUCACUAGGGAGUUGAAUUUCUCGGAAUUUGGAUUUGAUGGAAAUAAUGGGAGAAAUGGUAACUUGCAUUCCCUGAAGCCCGAGUCUGGGGAAAUUUUGAAUUUUGGAGACAGUAAGAGGAGUUCUUGUAGUGCGAAUGGGAAUAUGUUUUCAGGUCAUUCACAGGUAGUUGCAGAGGAAAAUAAGAAGAGGAGGUCACCGACUUCAAGAGGAAGUGCCGAAGAAGGCAUGCUUUCGUUUACUUCAGGUGUGAUAUUGCCAUCCUCUUGUGUGGUGAAGUCAAGUGGUGGUGGUGGAGAUUCUGAUCACUCGGAUCUUGAAGCUUCAGUGGUUCGAGAGGCAGAUAGUAGUAGAGUGGUGGAACCAGAAAAAAGGCCUAGGAAGCGUGGGAGAAAACCGGCAAAUGGAAGGGAAGAGCCAUUGAAUCAUGUGGAGGCAGAGCGGCAGAGGAGGGAGAAGCUUAACCAGAGGUUUUAUGCCCUCCGAGCUGUGGUUCCAAAUGUGUCAAAGAUGGAUAAAGCCUCCCUUCUUGGUGAUGCAAUUUCAUAUAUCAAUGAGCUCAGGACAAAGCUACAAAGUGCAGAGUCGGACAAGGAGGACCUUCAGAAGGAAGUGAAUUCAAUGAAGAAGGAGUUGGCUAGUAAAGAUUCACAGUACUCCGGUUCAUCUCGACCACCGCCAGACCAAGAUCUCAAGAUGUCGAAUCACCACGGUAGCAAAUUGGUAGAAAUGGAUAUUGAUGUGAAGAUAAUCGGGUGGGAUGCCAUGAUUCGAAUUCAGUGUAGUAAAAAGAACCAUCCUGCUGCAAAGCUUAUGGGGGCUCUCAAGGAGCUGGACCUAGAUGUGAACCACGCGAGUGUGUCGGUGGUGAAUGAUUUGAUGAUCCAACAGGCAACCGUGAAGAUGGGAAGUAGGUUUUACACUCAAGAUCAGCUGAGGCUAGCCCUGUCAUCCAAAUUUGCAGACAGCAGGUAGGCGUUGCGUAUAGCUUAUUACACGACCCGGCCUGGGGUUUCAGUGUCAAAAAGGUUUAGGGCUCUGGGACAUUUUAAGGCUCCCAGAAGGCGAGCUCUGUAAAAUACACCACUCUUACCUGGUCUUUAGUAGUCUUUAGUAUAUAAUUGCAGUUGAGGCGAGUUUGUCUUUUAGGAUGAAGGAUCCGGCACCGGCAUCUGUUGAUUAAGAACAGCCCUAGCCCCUUUUUUGGUGUUCAUCUUUUGUUGUCAAUGUAUAUAAGUGUUUACCUGAUGAAGUUUCAGGGUUUUUAUUAGUGUACUAGCCUGCUUUUCUGUUUGCGAUAUUGAAAUCUACUAUAAUCUCUUGUAUCCUCUCUAGGAUUCUUUGUUGAUUGAGUUCAACUCUGAUGAAGGUAAUAAAGUCAGACAAAUUCAAUCUUGUUCA